AUGGCGAGCUCCUUCGGGCAGCGCCAGGUGCUCUGGCGGACGGACAGACAGACGGACGAGAGCCCCGUUGCCCAGGGUGGGAGGGUGCAGCACCCAGUGCGCAGCACCGCCGCACGAGGCGCCGAGCACCCCGCGGGCAGCGCCGAGCACCCUGUGAAGAUGCCCUCGCGCAGCGCCGAGCACCCCGCGGGCAGCGCCGAGCACCCGGUGAAGAUGCCCCCGCGCAGCGCCGAGCACCCCGCGGGCAGCGCGGCCCCCCACUGCUCCGAGGGUGCGUCCGGGCCGGGAUUUGGCCUCUUCCUGUCCCGGCGCCAAAGGCUGGUGCCUUUCCAGGGGCUUUUUCGGAUAGACGGACGGCGGGAGCAAGGUGCCGCGGCGCCCGCCGGGCACGCGGUGCCGCGUCGUCGUCGUCGCCCCUCCGCUGCAGCCCAAAUCGAGGUGAUCCCCUGCAAGAUCUGCGGCGACAAGUCCUCGGGGAUCCACUACGGCGUCAUCACGUGUGAAGGGUGCAAGGGUUUCUUCCGGAGGAGCCAGCAGAACAACGCCAGCUACUCCUGCUCCCGGCAGCGAAACUGCCUCAUCGACCGCACCAACCGCAACCGCUGCCAGCACUGCCGCCUGCAGAAAUGCCUGGCGCUGGGCAUGUCGCGAGACGCGGUGAAAUUCGGCCGCAUGUCCAAGAAGCAGCGGGACAGCCUCUACGCCGAGGUGCAGAAGCACCAGCAGAGCCAGGAGCAAAGCGGCGUGCCCAAGGAUGAGCCGGAGCCGCUCGGCCGCGUCUACACCACCAGCGUCGGCAGCGGCCUCUCCGACCUGGAUGACAUCUCCACCCUGUCGGACGGGCUCCUCUUCGACUUCCCCCUCACCCCGGACGGCGCCGGCGCCUACUACAACCUCGACCUGCUGGCCUCGGCGCAGCCCUCGCCCGACCCGUCCAGCCUGGACGUGGCCGAGGCCGCGCUCAUCAAGCAGGAGUCCAUCUACGAGCUGAUGCUCGAGCCGGCCCUCUUGGCGCACGGCGCGCUGGAGGGCAGCCAGCUGGCCGCCGACAUCUCCGUCCUCGAGAUCGACCGAAUCGCCCAGAACGUGGUCAAGUCCCACCUGGAGACGUGCCAGUACACGACGGAGGAGCUCAAGCGCCUGGCGUGGACGCUCUACUCCCCCGAGGAGAUCCGCGCCUUGCAGAGCAAGAGCUGCGAGGCCAUGUGGCAGCAGUGCUCGCUGCAGAUCUCCAACGCCAUCCAGUACGUGGUGGAGUUCGCCAAGCGCAUCGACGGCUUCAUGGAGCUCUGCCAGAACGACCAAAUCAUCCUCCUCAAAGCCGGGUGCCUGGAGGUGCUCCUCAUCCGCAUGAUCCGUGCGUUCAACCCCUUGAACAACACCGUGCUCUUCGAGGGCAAGUACGGCAGCGUGCAGAUGUUCAAGUCGCUCGGCUGCGAUGACCUCAUCAACGCUGUCUUCGAGCUGGGGAGGAACCUGUGCCGGCUCCAGCUGUCGGACGAAGAGCUCGCCCUCUUCACAGCUGCUGUCCUGCUCUCCCCGGAUCGCCCUUGGCUGACAGAGUCCAAGAAGGUGCAGAAGCUCCAGGACAAGAUCUACAUAGCCCUGCAGCACGAGAUCCAGAAGAAACACUCCGCUGAGGACAAGCUCUCGAAGAUGGUUUCCAAACUGCCCUUGAUGAAGACUAUUUGCAAUCUGCACUUAGACAAGUUGGAGUUUUUCCGGCUUCUGCAUCCGGAGACUGCUAUGAACUUCCCUCCCCUCUACAAGGAGGUCUUCAACUCGGAGCUUCAGUACAGCGACCCACGGGAGAGCUAA